CCUACAAAACUAUUUUCGUACUGAGAAAUCACCUGCCACCCAGCUAUCCCUAACCAUAUCGAUCGAUGGUCUGCCUUUACAUACAAAUAGCAGCAUGCAGUUCUGGCCAAUCUUGUUUUCUAUUCAUGAGCUGCCCCAAGCACCGGUUAUGAAUGCUGGCAUCUUCUGUGGAACGACCAAACCCGAAUCUGCAGAAGAAUAUCUUCGUCCAAUGGUGGUCGAAAUGAAUGAUUUGAUGCAGCGUGGCAUAAUCGUUCAUGGAUGUCAUGUCGCCAUAAGACUGCGCGCAAUCGUGGCAGACACUCCUGCGAGGGCAUUCAUCAAAGGAGUCAAGGGACACACCGGAUACGACAGCUGCUUGAAAUGUACCGUCGUCGGCAAAUACAGUCAGGCAGGACGUACAAUGACAUUUCCUGGUACAAACGCUCCGCAACGAACGGAUAAGUGUUUUAGGGACAAUGCAUACCCUGGACAUCGCAAGAUGGAAACGCCGUUGGUGGAUUUGCGGUUCUUCAACAUCAUCAAGGACAUACCAACAGGAGAUCACACCACACUACACUGUGUGGAUCAAGGUGUCGGCAAGCACUACAUUUUAGGCUUUCGGGAUGGAACGUUGAGAAAGCAACGCUGGACGACAAAACAAUGUGUUCAAAUAUCAAACCAUAUUGAACAGAUUAAGUUGCCGACAGAAAUUCAUCGCAAAAUAGUCCUAUCAAGCAGGCACAUUUUUGGAAAGCGUCGGAGAGCGCGUCUUUUCUUCAUUAUGCUGGGUUCGUAGUGCUGAAACCCCAUCUUACUGAUUGUGAGUACAGACAUUACUUACUGCUGUUUUGUGCUGUGACAUUGCUGUCCUCUUCUGUUUAUAAGGAGAAGUG